AUGUUCCUCACGGUCAAGCUGCUCUUGGGCCGAAGAUGCAGCCUGAAGGUAUCUGGAAAAGAAAGUGUGGCCACACUGAAGAAGCUGGUUUCCCAACACCUGCAGGUGCCAGAGAAGCAGCAGCACCUGCUGUUCCGUGGCCAGCUCCUGGCUGAUGACAAACACCUCUCAGAUUACAGCAUUGGGCCCAAUGCCUCCAUCAAUGUUAUCAUGCUGCCUCCAGAGGAGGCAGCCCUGGACCAGACCCACCAAACCCAGCCCCUGUGGCUCCAGCUGGGCCAGGUCCUAGGCAAACAUUUUGGGCCCAAGGAUGCCAAGGCCGUGCUGGGGCUGUUGAGGCAAGAGCACGAGGAGCGCCUGCAGAGGAUGAGCUUGGAGGCCCUGGAGCAGUUGGUGGGCCAACUCCUGGCACAGCAGCAGCUCGAAGAGCUGGCAGAGGAAAAGGAGGACUGGGCUGUUGCCUCAGAGCUCCGACAAAAUGAUGAAGGAGGAGGAGGAAAAGAGGAGAAGGAAGAAGAAGAGGAGGAGGAGGAGGCUGAUCAGCAAACUGGCCCAUCCCACUCUUUUGCUCACUAA